UAGUUGUGUGCUGUUGAACUGCCUGUUUACAGUCGGCGAAUGGUUAAAAUAAUAACACUACGAUACGGACCCAUGGGUUAAGAUGAUCAGAAAGACAGGUGGAGACAGCCUGAAUUUGGGAAUAACAUGAAUCAGCGGUGUCGGUGACGCGGUCUCCGAGGUUAAGGCAACUUUGAUCGGCAGGAAUCUUUUGAGACCGUUUGGAACGUUUUCAUACGGUAGAAACAUUGUUUUUGUUUUUCCAUGCGUGCCUGUAAUCAACGGCUUGUCCUUUAUCUGUCAUUUAAUAUCUCGUUUUAGUCUAAAACUCAUCAUUAAUCCCCCUACGGUGACCGGAGGAUGGGCUGGCCACAACGGGCGACAGGAAACGGCUUUGGAUCAGUUCGAUUAUCGAUCAUUAAUUGCUGGUGGUGUCACACGCCUCACCCAUCGCAGGUAAGGUUUAAAUGGGAAACAAAGCGAUAUCAUUUCGCAAAAGUACUUUUAAAUCUAGUUUUUGACACUAAAUAAGCGGAAUAUAACUUUUGCACAUCGAGUUGCUAUUUAACAAAGGACUUUUACUUUCAAGUUGACUCAACUGGUAUUUUAAAGUCAAAGCUAUACAUUCACGCAUGCGUGGAUUUAGUGCUUAUGUGUUAGUCCGGUGCAAUCAUUCAUAGAGCCGACUAUCAAGGCGUCAAUCUAGUCAAAGAAAAAAAAAAUAGCAUUUUGUGUGUUUAUCAUUGCUAUUUGUCUUUUUUAGUUGUAAAUUAGCAGAUAGUUGUUAGGCUCAAGAAUGCCUACAUGUAGGCUGCCGACAUGUGGUUUGAACCCACAACCUUUUGGCUGGGGGUCAAACACACUAACAACUCUAAAUCGGCCUCAACUCUUCUCAACAUUUCAUUUGAACCGCAACAAAGUUGGAGGAAAACCGAUUUAAACCAUGGCUACGGCGAGGGUAGAGCAACCAGCACGGAGCCCCGGGGCGGAGCGAGCAACCCCGGGGGCCCUAGCCCAGGAUGGGGCCCGCGGCUGGGUGAUGGUCGGGGCCUUGUUCGUGUGCUCCACGCUGGUGUUCGGGCUGAUCCGGAGCCUGGGGGCGUUCUUCGUGGAGUUUGUGCAGUACUUCCAGGAGAGUGCCCAGGCCAUCUCGUGGAUCACCUCCAUCGGCGUGGCAACACAGCAGCUCUGCAGUCCGCUGGGGACGGCGCUGUGCAACGCGUACGACGCCCAGCGCGUGGUGAUGGCGGGGGGCGUCCUGGCCAGCCUGGGCCUCAUCCUGGCCUCGCAGGCCCGCUCGCUGCCCCACCUCUACCUCACCAUGGGCCUCACCUCAGGCCUGGGCUGGUCCCUGGUCUUCACCCCCAUGGUGGCCACGGUCAUGGCCCACUUCACGCGGCGCCGCACCCUGGCCCUGGGCGUGGGCUUCACGGGCGUGGGCGUCUCCUCCUUCGUGUUCGCCCCGCUCUUCCAGUACAUGCUGGACAACUUCGGCUGGCGGGGCUCCCUGCUCAUCCUGGGGGGGCUCAGCCUGAACAUCGUGCCCUGCGGAGCACUCAUCCGCCCCACGCGCAAGAAGGCCCCCCCGCCCCCCAAGGCUGGGGGCAAGGCGGACAACGGCGGCGGCGGCAGUGGCGCCUCGGCGUUCCGGAGCCUCCUGCGGCGGGUGUACCGCUACCUUGAGCUGUCGCUGCUGGCGCACGGGCCCUUCCUCACCUACACGCUGGCCAUCACCUUCUUCAACGCGGGCUACUUCGUGCCCUACGUCCACCUGGUGGCGCACAGCCGGCAGGCGGGCUACUCGGAGUACCGCGCCGCCUUCGUCAUGUCGGCCACGGGCGCCGCCGACAUCGUGGGCCGGGUGGCGGCGGGCUGGCUGACGGACCUGGGCCGCGCCCGCCUCGUCCACAUGCUGACGGGCUGGACGGGGCUCACGGGCGUGUUCAUCGUGCUCAUGCCCCUGGCGUCGGUGGCGGGCUCCUACGGCCUGCUGCUGGGCUUCGGGCUGGGCUACGGCUUCUGCGCCGGCGCCCUGACCUCGCUGGUGUUCGCCGGCGUGCCCGAGAUCGUGGGCAUGGGCCGGAUGGUGGGAGCCCUGGGGCUGCUGUCCAUGCUGGAGAGCGUGGGGGGGCUGCUGGGCCCGCCGCUGUCAGGUUAUCUCCGGGACCGGACAGGAAGUUACAUCACCUCCCUGGUGGCGGCGGGCUGCUGCUUCCUCCUGGGCUCCCUGAUCCUAACCAGCCUACCUCACUACUUCUCUUGGACCGGCCCGCCGCCCCCGCGACCGCCGGACGGCGACGGCCAGGAGGAGCGCCAGGACGCCGGGGCCGGCCUGCUGGGCAGCCCCGCGUCGGGCAGCACCAACGGGACGGCCAGCAAGGACUCGGACCACAGCCAGACCUGCCUGGCCUGAGGGUCGCGCCGGGGCCAAUGACUCAAACAGACAGCGGUCGCGUCAAGCGAAAGAAAAAUAAUAACUGAAGGGGAGUAAACGCCGAGUGCAUAUCCAAUGUCGUCAGGCGACCAAUCAAAACGGUCUCGUCGGCAUCAUUACACUUCUGCUGCAGUCGAUCGUUAUCUUAUAAACAUGGCCCUCUCCUUUCAUGAUUUUCAGCGCACAACGAGCCAGUCCUCGUCUCUGUCUAAUUGUGUCCGAUAACCCCACGACGCGGACGGUGACCGGCAGCCAAAACUUAAUUGUGUGUGUGUGUGUGUGUGUGUGUGUGUGUGUGUGUGUGUGUGUGUGUGUGUGUGUGUGUGUGUGUGUGUGUGUGUGUGUGUGUGUGUGUGUGUGUGUGUGUGUGUGUGUGUGUGUGUGUGUGAGAGAGAUCUCAGGGUUGUUUUCCAGUAACUAGCCAUCGGCUGAACAUAUUGAAUGAAGACACUUCGGUGGCGCUCUGCUUCUGUGACUAAUAGCUUUUUACUGCAUCAAGGAAGCGUUUUUUACAUCCACACUUGUUUUGUACUGAGUUUGUUGUAAAGGUUUUGAGUAAAGCAAGAAGAAAUCCGAUUCACACACAAAACAUUCAUAUUUUCUUAGUGGAUUACAAAAUUCACAACUUCACUCCUCUACUGUUUGAGUACUUGUUGACAGGAGCACUGUGCAAUCAAUCUGUAUGCUAUAGGAAUUUUCUACAGCAAAUAAAGUAUGCUCGUUUCAGACUGAUGUGCAACAC